UUCAUUCAUUGAGCGCGGCUCCUCCGCGCUGCGCCGCGCCCCGCUGCCCCGACGCUGCGCUCCGCGCUCCCGAUGCGUCCGCGCGUCACUCGGCGGUGCCGACGCCACCGAAGAGGAGGAGGAGGAGAAGAAGCGCCGUGCGGCCUCGAGUGCGUGGAACGGCGCCCCUCCUGUCGAUAGCACGACCACAACCAACACCACCAGAAGCAGCAGCAGCAGCAGCAGCGCUAUCAAUCAGCAUGCCGUCCCCGCGGGCAACCCGGCUUCCCAUUCCCCUCCUCCUCCUGGCGGUGGCCGCGCUGGGCGCGUCGGACGCGGCCGUUCCGCCGCCGCCGCUGCGCUUCUCCGUGGACGAGGAGAGCCCUCCCGGGACGGCGCUGGGCAACCUGGCCCAGGCAUUGGGGCUGAGCGCCGCGGAGCUGCGGGCGAGGAGGCCCGACGUCAUCUCGGCGUCCUUCCGCGUGGCCCCCGAGAGCGGCGAUCUGACGACGGCGUCGCGCUUCGACCGCGAGUCGCUGUGCCCGGGCCCCUCCGGCGCCGACGACCUCCCGCCGUGCACGCUAGACGUGCCCGUGGUGCUGGAGGGGCCCUCCGAGGUGCGCCACGUGCGCGUGGAGGUGCUCGACGUCAACGACCACGCGCCCGAGUUCGCGUCCCACUCGACGGUGCUUAACGUGUCCGAGGCGACGCCGCCGGGGACCGCGUUCCCCCUCGAGGCGGCGCGGGACCUCGACGCGGGCGCCAACUCGGUGCGCGGCUACGAGCUCAGCGGCACGGACGCGUUCGGCCUCGACGAGUCGGCGGCGUGGGGGCCGGCCGACGGGCCGGCCUUCCCCUCGCUGCGCCUGCUGAGGCCUCUGGACCGCGAGGAGCGCGCGGUGCACGCGUUCACGCUCACGGCGCGUGACGGGGCCGCGCAGCCGCGGGUCGCCACGCAGCGCGUCGUCGUGCGCGUCCUCGACGCGAACGACAACGCGCCCGUCUUCUCGCAGGUCGUCUACCACGCGCGCCUCCGCGAGGGCGCACCCCGGGGCCUCCUGGUGGCGCGCCUCAACGCCACGGACGCCGACGAGGGCGACAACGGCCGCGUCGAGUACUCGGCGCGCGGCCGCUCGGACCCGCGCGCCCGCGACCUCUUCUCGGUGGAUCGCACCACGGGCGAGGUGAGGCUGCGCGGCGCGCUGGACCGCGAGCAGGCGGCCACGCUGGAGCUGCGCGUCCAGGCCAGGGACCUGGGGCCCGACCCCAUGACGGGCUACGCCAAGGUGCUCGUCACGGUGCUCGACGAGAACGACAACGCGCCGCGCAUCGCCCUCGGCGUGGACGCAGAGGGCACGGCGCGCGUCCCCGAAGGCGAGGCCCCCGGCUCCCUCGUGGCCUCGCUGCUCGUCAGCGACCCCGACGACGGAGACAACGGUCGCUACCGCUGCUGGCUGGAAGGAGGAGGCCCCUUCGAGCUGCUGCGCGGCGACGCGGGCUACUCCGUCGUCACGUCCGCGACGCUCGACCGCGAGACGACCGACUCCUACGAGCUGCUCGUGCGCGCCGAGGAUCGGGGCUCGCCGCCGCUCGACGCCUCGGCGCCGCUGCGCGUCGUGGUGACGGACCGGAACGACAACGCGCCCGGAUUCACGCGCGGCGCCUACGAGUUCUCCCUGCUCGAGAACAACGUCCCGGGCGCCUUCGUGGCGACGGUGGAGGCCACGGACCCGGACCUGGGCGACAACGGCCGCGUGGUGUACUCGAUCGCGCCAGGCGGCUCCCCGCCCGCGCUCUCCUACGUCUCCGUCGACGGCGUGAGCGGCAAGAUCUACGCGCUGCGCUCGCUCGACAGGGAGUCCCUGCCGCGCCUGAGCUUCGCGGUGGAGGCGCGGGACCUGGGCGAGCCGCAGCUCAACAGCACCGCGCGGGUCACCAUCGCGGUGCGCGACGCCAACGACAACGCGCCCGCGGUGUCGAUGCCGCGGCUGCGUAACGGGAACGCGACGCGCCGCGUGCUGCGGCAAUCGGCGCGCGGCUCCGUCGUGCUGCGCGUGCAGGCCACGGACGCGGACGAGGGCGACAACGGCAGGGUGAGCUACUCCGUCGUCCACACGGAGGAGGAGGAGGGGGGCGAGGCGCUCGGAUGGUUCGCGGUGGACGCGCGGAGCGGGGAGCUCACGAACGCGCGGAGCUUCGCGCCGGGCGAUCCGGGGAGGUUCGAGGUGACGGUGGAGGCGCGCGACCACGGCAGCCCUGCGCUGACGGCGCGCGCGACCAUCACCGUCAUCCUGGUGGACACCGUGGACGAGCUCAAUCCCGGCGACGACGACUUGGACGGCGCUGACGAUGGCAGCAGCAGCAGCAGCGGCGGCAGCAGCAGCGGCGGCGAGGGCGAGAGCGGGAGCAGCACCACGGGCGGCGAAGCGGGCCGCAUGCCGCUCUCGCUGAUCCUCAUCAUCGCGCUUGGGGGAGUUUGCUCGCUGCUCUUCGUCGCCAUGGUGGUGAUCGCUGUGGUGUGCAAGCGCGAGAACAAGGAGAUCCGCACCUACAACUGCCGCACGGCCGAGGCCUACCUCUACCGCAAGCCGCACAAGGCCAUCAGCAAGCGCGACAUCGUCGUGGUGCCGCCGAGCGAGGCGGCCGCGCGCCGUGGCCCGCGGCCGGCCGCGCUCGGGGAGUGCAGCGCGGAGGGGGAGCGGGAGCCGGGCCAGGGGGCGCCCCACGUGCCAGAGUCCCCCGAACAGCGCGCACAGGUCACCCGAAAGAGCCGGACGGAUCUGCCUUGCAGCGGCGGCGGCAGCAACGGCAGCAGGGAGUCGGGCGGGCUAGGAGUUGGGCCGAGGCGAGGCGGCGGCGUUGGUGGCGGUGGUGAUGGCGGUGGUGGUGGUGGUGAUGAUGGGAGACCACGCGCUGACCACAGGGUCAGAUUCGCGUUCAGGAUUAGACUUAGUGCGAGGAGCUUUCUCAUGUGCAACAGAGCAGGGGGUCACGGUGCCCGGUGUAGCAGCAGCAGCGGCGGCAGCAGCAGUAGCAGCAGGGGUCGCGCAUCCCCAUGCAACAUCAGCAGUGGUGGCGGCAGCCACGUGGAUUACAGAUGCAACGUGCACGCGCAGCCGGGACCCCAGGCGCGUCCUUGUUCAUUCCUCACCUUCGGGAAAGAUGAACGCCAGCUCGCAGAGCAGCAGCAACAGCAGCAGCUGACGACUAAGAAGGAAGACGUCGGUGCAGUUGCUGGCGCUGGAGCCUGUAACGGUGCCAGCAGCAGCAGGAGCAGCUGCAGCAGCAGCAGCUGUAGUGACGCUGCCGAACUGAGCGCCUUUCUCGGGGAGUGCGUGGCGCGGUACUGCAGUCACGAGUCUCAACCAGAGGCGCGCUGCAGCAAGAGCCACCGGCUGCUGCUGUCUUCGUCGUCAUCUUCAUCAUCAUCCUCAUCAGCAGCAGCAGAUUUGGAGUGCGGACUCGACUCGCUGUGCAGUCGAGAUGAGGACGCGAGGGGAGAGGAGGAUGAGGACGAUGAGAGGAGCGUGGGGUUCCUCAGAGUGCUGAGCGUUGAUAGUGACGGUGGUGACGGUAGUGAUGGCGGUAGCGGUGAUGAGGACGAUGGUGGUGGUGGUGGUUAUGAUGACGCCACGUGCUCGCACCACCACGUGCGGCGCGACGAUGCCAGACUCGUGUUGGACCUCACGCUGGAGCAGGUCGACGGAGUCACCGUGUGAUCUGUCCCAAAUGCGGGUCAGACCGCAGCGCCGGGUCCGCUUACCUGCAUCGAAUCAUUUGCGCCGCAUCGAAUCAUUUGCGCCGCUCUCGUCAAGUUAACCGCAACGGGACUCGACCGGCAGUCGUCCUCCCCCCCGCGCCCGCUCCCCGUGUUUGUCCGAGGUGCGCUGGGCAACGUGGCGACUCCGUGAGCUUUGCAGCUUCUCGGACGUUCCCUUCGCACGUCGAGACGUCCGGGACGGCGCUAGGGAGGGUUGGUGGGUCCCAGUCGGCGCCGAUGUUCCUCGAUCGUGUCGAGCACGGCGGCUGUCACCCUCGGCUCUCAUUGCCGAGUGCUGUCCGCACAGAAGCCGCGUGGAAUGGCCACCGAGACCAGGUGGUGCAUGGGGCGGUGGUGGAGGGGGGUGUCGAGGGCGGUGGCGCAGUGGUUAGCGCACUCCGCUAUGUGAAACCGACAAGCCGAGUUCGAUUCCCGGCACACGGCCAACAUCAGUGGCGAGCGAUAUCUAAACCGGGAAUUAAUGCCCAGUGUCCCUCCCCAAGACCUCACCAAUCUGCGCGCUGCUCAGCGUGGUGAAGUAUGUUCAAAUCAGUGGCGUAGUGUGGUUGGUUCCCUAAGACCGAAAUUAGUUCUUUAAAACUAUACUCUUUGUUUUUUUUCGGUAAAGUCACGUCGGUAAAAAAUUGAAAUAAAAUAAAUCACGACGUUUCGGGCGCAACACAAGUUGUCGACACACUUAAGUGGUUGUGCUUUCGCUAAGUUGUCCCCACCUGAAGAUGGACGCUUGUGUUGCGCCCGAAACGUCGUGACUUAAUUUAUUGAAUGUUUUUACCUACGUGACUUUACCGAAAAAACCAAAGAGUAUGAAUCCUUGCAGUCACGAAAACUUCAAAUCUAGUUCUUCAAUAUGAUAAUUGUUUUUUUACCCUUUUAUCUGGCAACAAAACUGACACAUGGUGAGACUAGGUUCUAAGGAAAGCUGUCUCGGGUGUGGACCUAUCAACUUCAACGACAGUGCACACAUUAUCAGAGUUAUGUUUUUUGUUUGCAUUGACUGCAGGUAUUGUGGUCUAUGCAAACAUGACUCCUUGUGAAAAAGGUGUCAGUUUUGUUGCCAGAUAAAAGGGUAAAAAAAAACAAUUAUCAUAUUUUUUACUGGCAAAUGAGGUUCCAAUGGUAGUUCUUUAAUACUUUUUUUCUUCUCGUUUCAUUCCCACGUCCAAUUCAAACCGCCCCCCAACCCCUUCUGUAGCUUGGCGCCUGCGCCACGGUGCAGUUGCACUGCCUGCGCACUCAGCAGCUUGAGAGCCGCCGGGAUCAAACAGCCACCCAUGGCCAAAGCGACACGGGGAGAGGGGGGGGCUUUAACUGCUAAAGCAGCAGUGUGGUUUGAUGUCUGAACAUUACGAUAUUACAUAGAGCAGCUAUAGUUUACAAAAUGUGCAGUGUAUAUGCGAAGACAAUCGACAGUGUGCAUGCGAGUUACCGCUCGAACCGCCCUGGAUGUAAAUAUUCUCGUCGAGUAUUUUUCUCGCACGUAAUUCUGAUUCGGGCAUGCGCGUUGAAUAAUAGUAACAAUAAAUGUGUGCG